AUGACAAAAACUGUUAAAAAGUUGGGGGAUAAGAGGGGAAUAUCAUGCACAGUAUAUGAUGCAAGAUUGAACGAAAGCAAGUCUGAUCUAAAGAUAAGAGCAUUGGACAUGGAAGCAAAGCUUGCUGAAAAAGAUGAAAAAAUUGGUUUUGCUCACUGCAUUGAUUUUUCCCUGAGUGAAAUGAGCAAUACAAGGUUCGGAGAGUUUUUAGUUGGAUCCACUUUGGCUCAUCAACUAGCACCUGUGCAUUCUUCAACUAUUACAGUUGUUACAAAUAUCCCUCGCUCUGAAUAUCGUGAAUACACAACACAUUCUUACACCCCAUUACCUUUAAAGAUCUUACCACCAGAUCAUCUUGUUGUGCCAAGUGAAUGGGGAACACUUACAGAGGAAGAAAUUGAGUUUCUUGAUGAAAUACGAAUUUCAGAAGCAGAUUCAUACCAAAUAGAAAAAGACACUGUUUCGCAAAGUCAGUGCAAAAAGUGGCAUGAAAUUCGAAUGAGGCGUCUUACCUCUAGCAAUGCAAGCAAAGUUUUAAAUCGCAAACGGAACUUUGAAGCUCUGGCAAAUCAGCUUCUAAAUCCAAAGCCAGAAACAGAACUUCCACAACUGGUGAAAGAUGCCUUCAAGCAUGGGAUAAUGUAUGAACCUGUGGCCAGAAAACAGUAUGAGGAGUACUUAAAAUAUAAUUUGAGGCAUGAUGCAGCAGUACGUGAGACUGGUAUUGUUGUACAACCCUAUUUGUUCUGGCUUGCUGCUAGUCCUGACGGACUUGUCAGUGAUAAUGCAGAGGCUGGUACUGGUCUCUUGGAAAUCAAAUUUCCUGAAACCAAAAAGGAAGAGUACCCCAGAUGGCCUUUGGUCAAUGGAAAGCCAGAGCUUAAAAGAGAACAUGGCUAUUAUACACAAAUCCAAAUGGCAAUGGGACUAUCUGGUGCUCCUUAUUGUGACUUUAUUGUAUAUACAUUUAAAGGUUUGAUAAUUGUCAGAACUCCAUUUAAUAAUGAAUAUUUUGUAAAUGUGAUUCAGAAACUAAACAUCUUUUAUAGAAAAUACAUGCUACCAUUAUUAAUUUCAAAGUAA